UGUUGCUAUUGAAACGCUGAAUAGUGAAUACCCAAAAAAAAAAAAAAACAACAUUUUCCUCUCAAAUUCUUCUCUUUUUAGGGUUUUCAAAGUCUUCCCCUUUUCUUUCAUUCUUCUUUGCCUCUAUCUACAAUUUCCCUUUUGCAACCAUCACCCUAACAUGUAGGUUGGCCUUGGCCAUGAGGUAGAAACCUAUUCCAAGUGCUGACUACAUGCAUUUGAGCUUCCUUUUCAAAUUACAUCUUUCUGCAAUUUGAUAUCAACAGGUACUUCCUGAAUUAAGUUGGUAGAAUAGGAGCUUAUGGAGUUGUAGCUUCUGGAAAUUUUUGAUUUGGGGCUGGUGGCAUAAAGAAAGUGCUAAUUCAGAUAGAGGGAUAUGUUGCUCAUGGCUCCAAAUCUGAAGCUAAGGUUGUCUGCACCCUUGUUGUUUUUAGCGUUAAGUUUCCUUUGUUUUGCCAAUUCGAAUGCCGCCGAAUUGGAACAUCAAGUUUCACAUAAGGUCAGAGCUGCUCCACAUAAGGAUGUAGGAACCAAUGUGAUUGAUGGUAGUGGUGUGGAGAGUUCCUUUAAGUUUGAGGAUGCCAGUAAUGUGGUGGGUGAUAAGAAGGGUGGAAGCAGUAAAGUUUCGGUUUCCACGGUUGCGUUAUUUACAUUGGCGAUGGCAGCUGCCACUGGUUUAGGUGCUGUGCCCUUCUUCUUUGUGGAGCUUGAUCCACGGUGGGCUGGAUUAUGCAAUGGAAUGGCUGCAGGUGUCAUGUUGGCUGCAAGCUUUGAUCUAAUACAGGAAGGGCAGGAAUAUGGUGCUGGAAAUUGGGUUGUCACUGGCAUUCUAGCUGGUGGAAUCUUUAUUUGGCUUUGUAAGAAGUUUCUUGAGCAAUAUGGGGAAGUAAGCAUGUUAGAUCUAAAAGGUGCUGAUGCAGCCAAAGUUGUUCUUGUUAUUGGAAUAAUGACUCUCCAUUCUUUUGGGGAGGGAUCUGGGGUUGGGGUCUCCUUUGCUGGCUCAAAGGGCUUCUCUCAAGGCCUCUUGGUAACUUUGGCUAUUGCGGUGCACAACAUACCAGAGGGAUUAGCUGUGAGCAUGGUGCUGGCAUCAAGGGGUGUCUCUCCACAGAAUGCUAUGUUAUGGAGCAUAAUUACAUCUUUACCUCAGCCAAUUGUAGCUGUUCCUUCAUUUAUUUGUGCUGACGCAUUCAGCAAGUUCCUUCCUUUCUGUACGGGAUUUGCCGCUGGAUGCAUGAUUUGGAUGGUUGUUGCGGAAGUGCUUCCUGAUGCAUUCAAGGAAGCCUCAGCUUCGGAGGUUGCAUCAGCUGCAACACUUUCUGUAGCAUUUAUGGAAGCUCUCAGCACCCUCUUUCAGAAUUUCAGCCAUGACUACAGCUCGGAAGAUGCUUCUGGCUUCUUUGUUUCAUUACUUUUUGGCCUUGGACCGUUACUUGGUGGGAUUUUUCUCGUUGCAUUUGCUCUUGCUUUUCGUCUUCAGCAUGCUCUCCUCAUGGGCACAGCUUGUGGUAUUGCCUUUGUUCUUGGUGCCUGGCGACCAGUGCAACUUAUUUUGUCUUCAAAGUUGGGAUUAUUCCCCGUUUUGAUACUCCUUGCAAUGGGGGCUGCUUUCAUCCAUGUUUCUACCUCUGGUGUAUUGAGGGUGGCAGCUUCGAAAAAAACCUCAGCCAAUGACUUACCUACACUCACUGGCUUCCCACUCAGCGUUCACACCCUUCAAUCAUUCAUAUCAUGCGGUGCAGUUGCUUUUCAUGCUUUGGCUGAAGGACUUGCAUUGGGAGUGGCUGCGCCAAAAGCAUACGGACUUGGUCGUCACAUUGUUCUUCCAGUCUCUCUACAUGGGCUUCCUCGAGGUGCAGCUGUGGCUAGCUGCAUAUUUGGAGCCACUGAUAGCUGGCAUGGUUCUCUUGCAACAGCUGCCAUAAUUGGAUUUAUGGGUCCUAUAUCAGCAAUAGGUGCUAUUCUCACUGGUAUUGAUUAUAGUGGUCUUGAUCACAUAAUGGUUCUUGCUUGUGGUGGAUUAAUCCCUAGCUUUGGAAGUGUAGUAAAGAGAGCACUUAGUUUGGAUAAGCGGAAGAGCGCCUGUGGCAUUAUCAUGGGUAUUGGUUUUGCUACUUUAUGUCUAACAUUCACUAGGUUGGUUUGUUUGCAUACACCUUACUGCAAUUCUGCGCCAGAAGCUGUUAGAUAAGAUGAUUAUGUUGCAUUUCCUGCAUGCUCUAGUGUUAAUGUUCUUCUUGCCACACUAGUAUACAUUUCUUUAGUUCAAUCUCCCAAGACAUGGUUGCACAAAUUUGAAGAGAUCCAAGAAAGAGUGAUGUCACGUUGAAGUUCCUGAAAAAGUGAAGCAGAGAUUUAAAAGUGAAUCAAGUUUUCAUUUAGAACAUGUCCUUUCUAUUUGUCAUAUUUUAGUGUUUACUUGUAUAUACAGUUUUAUACAUGAUCUAAAUUUGCCGAACAAUGUAAAUCUCUUGAGAAGUGGAACACAUGAUUUUAUUUUAUUUUCU